UGCCCGGUAGUGGAGAUGUCUAGCCGAUCCAAGCGGGAGUCUCGAGGUUCCACCCGCGGGAAACGCGAGUCCGAGUCGCGGGGCAGCUCGAGCCGCGUCAAGCGGGAGCGGGAGCGGGAGCCCGAGGCGGCCAGUUCCCGGGCUAGCCCGGUGCGCGUGAAGCGGGAGGCGGAGCCGCUGCCCGCUCGCGAGGUGCCGGCGCCCGCCUUCUCGGCGGUGCGCGUGAAGCGGGAACGCGAGGCCGACGAGGACUCGGAGCCCGAGCGGGAGGUGCGAGCCAAGAAUGGCCGAGUGGAUUCUGAGGACCGAAGGAGCCGCCACUGUCCAUACCUGGAUACCAUUAACAGGAGUGUGCUGGACUUCGACUUUGAGAAACUGUGUUCCAUCUCCCUCUCCCAUAUUAAUGCAUAUGCCUGCUUGGUGUGCGGCAAGUACUUUCAAGGCCGGGGCUUGAAGUCACACGCCUACAUUCAUAGUGUCCAGUUCAGCCACCAUGUCUUCCUCAAUCUCCACACCCUCAAGUUCUACUGCCUCCCCGACAACUAUGAGAUCAUCGAUUCUUCCCUGGAGGACAUCACGUAUGUCUUGAAGCCCACUUUCACAAAGCAGCAGAUUACAAACUUGGACAAGCAGGCUAAAUUGUCCCGGGCAUAUGAUGGCACCACUUACCUGCCAGGUAUCGUGGGGCUGAAUAACAUAAAGGCCAACGACUAUGCCAAUGCUGUCCUUCAGGCUCUGUCGAAUGUCCCUCCUCUCCGGAACUACUUCCUGGAAGAAGACAAUUACAAGAACAUCAGGCGUCCUCCUGGGGAUAUCAUGUUCUUGCUGGUGCAGCGUUUUGGAGAGCUGAUGAGAAAGCUCUGGAACCCUCGGAAUUUUAAGGCGCAUGUCUCUCCCCAUGAAAUGCUUCAGGCUGUUGUCCUUUGCAGUAAGAAGACGUUCCAGAUCACCAAGCAAGGGGAUGGAGUCGACUUUCUGUCCUGGUUUCUGAAUGCCCUGCACUCAGCCCUGGGGGGCACAAAGAAGAAGAAGAAGACAAUCGUGACCGACGUAUUCCAAGGGUCCAUGAGGAUCUUCACCAAAAAGCUCCCCCACCCUGAUCUGCCUGCAGAGGAGAAGGAGCAAUUGCUCCACAACGACGAGUACCAGGAGACGAUGGUGGAGUCCACCUUCAUGUACUUGACGCUGGACCUGCCCACCGCCCCACUCUACAAGGACGAGAAGGAGCAGCUCAUCAUCCCGCAGGUGCCGCUCUUCAACAUCCUGGCCAAGUUCAAUGGCAUCACUGAGAAGGAAUAUAAGACUUACAAGGAGAACUUCCUGAAGCGUUUCCAGCUCACCAAGCUGCCUCCUUAUCUCAUCUUCUGCAUUAAGAGAUUCACCAAGAACAACUUCUUUGUGGAGAAGAAUCCAACCAUUGUCAAUUUCCCCAUCACAAACGUGGACCUGAGAGAAUACUUGUCUGAAGAAGUGCAGGCAGUCCACAAGAACACCACCUAUGACCUCAUUGCCAACAUUGUGCAUGACGGCAAGCCCUCAGAGGGCUCCUACCGGAUCCACGUGCUCCACCACGGGACGGGCAAAUGGUACGAGUUACAAGACCUGCAGGUGACGGACAUCCUUCCCCAGAUGAUCACGCUGUCCGAGGCUUACAUCCAGAUUUGGAAGAGACGAGAUAAUGAUGAAACCAACCAGCAGGGGGCUUGAAGGAUGAGCCUUGGCCAGGGCACACCAGCUGCCGUCUGUGCAUCAGAGUACGGAGCUUGCCGGCUCUCUAGGGCAGCCCGGCCCUCUGGGCCCUGGCUCAUCUCAGAGCAUCACGGGUGCCCUCCCGGGUGGCUUUGUGCCAUCACCUACAAUUUAGUUAGGUUGCUACUCCAUCUCCUUCUGUGUAGCUCCUUUCUAGCUGCCCAGGCCAGCACUCUCUUUCUGAGUCGCUGGAGUAUCUGAAGGACAUGGUAAUUUCUUCCAAGCCUCAGAAUCCCAGGAAGAAGAGCUUGAAGCCAGUAACAUCUUUUCCAUCAAUGAAUAGGAAUAUGAAUUGCGUGUGGGUUUCUUGAUGUGUUUUUGGAAUGGAGUAAAUAUUUUCCUUUUUAAACUA